CUGUCUUUAAUUUACAUUUUUUUUUUCAUUGCCUCCUUAUCUCAUUCCUUGAACCCGAUUUUCAUGCUUCUGGUCCCAUGCCGUUGAAGCUGUACGCUUCUGCUCACCAAUCACAACUCACGAAUGUCGUCGCACGCGACGGGGGACGAUGGCAGCGAGGGGAGACAUAGACUAACCCAACUGUUCUCAGUCAAUCACGCCAACAUCAAGCGCCUGGCGCAUAUCCAUAGCCGGCAGAGCGAUGAGAGCUGGAACCCAUUCCGACACGUUUACACCAAAACGCACGGCAAGAAGCAAUCCAACACCUGGGAUGUCGAGCUUGGAGACACCCAUCAUGGGGCGGACUUGACACAGUCAGUCACAUCACCAUAUCCGCAAACGGGCCUCAGAGAAGAAGAACCCGGAACUGGCGCAGGCACGGAAGAAGCUGUUCGCAAGCCCAGCAAUGAGACGCAGGAGCACCUCAUCCGAACCCAGUCAGGAAUUGACGAUGGAGUGCGAAAUCGCGGCAAGGGGGACCAGGAUGAAAAGCUUAACGCGCCGGCUCUCAGCGAGACGGACGACAGCAAGGCGAAGAAGCCCAAGGAGAAUGGCCUCUUCCGCCACGUCUACCCCAAGGAGCCUUUUACCUUUGCCAAUCAGAUCCAGCGAACGCUGCUCAACUCAUGGAUCAAUGUGCUGCUCGUUGCUGCUCCGGUUGGUAUCGCCCUCAACUACGUCCACUCCGUCAAUCGUAUCGCGGUUUUCGUCGUCAACUUCAUCGCCAUCAUCCCGCUUGCCGCCAUGUUGAGUUUUGCUACCGAAGAGAUUGCUCUCCGAACUGGCGAGACCCUUGGUGGCUUGCUCAACGCUACCUUUGGUAAUGCUGUCGAACUCAUCGUGGCCAUCAUUGCUCUGAUUGAUGGCAAAGUCAACAUCGUCCAGACUUCACUUAUUGGCUCCAUUCUCUCCAACCUGCUACUCGUCAUGGGAUUCUGCUUCUUCUUCGGCGGUCUACGUCGCCCGGAGCAAUACUUCAACACCACCGUGGCUCAGACCGCUGCCUCUAUGCUGGCCUUGGCUGCUGCCUCCGUCAUUGUUCCCACCGUCUUCGAUGCCGCCGCCAACACCCCUACCAAGGACGUUGCCAAGCUCUCUCGCGGUACUGCCGUCAUCCUGCUCGUUGUCUAUGGCGCCUACCUGUUCUUCCAGCUCAAGACCCACUCGCAGGUCUUCAACGAACAGAGCCAAAAGGUUCCCGCCAAGCCAUGGAGCCGUGGGUCUUCAAACGCCAACAUCAAGCAAGGCUUAAUGGUUCCCGCCGCCAUGGUUGGCGGCCGCGCUAUCGACAAGGACAACUUCAAUGUCACAAUAGAGGAAGAGGAAGAGGAAGACCCUCAGUUGCACUUCUGGGUGGCUAUUGCUACUCUGGCUGGCUCUACCGUCAUUAUUGCUCUCUGUGCUGAGUUCAUGGUCGGAUCCAUCGAUGCCAUUACACAGAACGGUGCUCUGUCCGAUGAAUUCGUUGGUCUUAUUCUGCUUCCCAUUGUUGGCAACGCCGCUGAGCACGCUACUGCCGUCACUGUCGCUGUCAAGGACAAGAUGGAUCUUGCCAUUGGUGUUGCUGUUGGAUCCAGCAUGCAAGUCGCCCUGUUUCUCAUUCCCAUGUUGGUCGUUAUCGGUUGGGGCAUGGGCAACGACGAGAUGAACCUGAGCUUCGAUACCUUCCAGGUUGCUGUCAUGUUUGUUGCUGUGCUGCUGGUCAACUACCUCAUUGGCGAUGGAAAGAGCCAUUGGCUAGAAGGCUGGUUGCUGAUGUGCCUCUACGCCAUCAUCGCUGUCUGCGCAUUCUGGUAUCCCAAUUCCGACACCAUGACCUCAGCGGCAUAAGAAGGAGAUGGACGUGACCUUCGUCAUCUUUUGCUUUUUCUAUUUCUCCCUCCUUUCUUUGAUACCACUCGCAACCUUUAUUCAUUUUUUUUCCACCAGUAAUUUGCCUCCGGUUCUUGAUACGCGUUUGGGAUUUAUGAAAAUAUACUUUUUUAUUACGCAAACCAAAGAAAAAAAACUCAUCUUCGAAAAAAGGCGUUCUACCUCCCUAAUCUGCGACGACCAAAAAAACAUCCGUGUUAGCGAUCGUGCCGAAAAAGAAAAAAAAAACGACCUUGAUCUUAUUCCUUUCGCCUCUCUUCGAUGUACUAUUAGAUUAACGUACAGACGAAUUUUCACAUCAACACAGCAGCUCUUUACUGCGUUGUGUAUCUUCUUUUUAAACUACUCUUUUUUUAUUUUAUCAUGAUGUUUUGAUUUCAGCUUUGGAUGGGAAGGAAGUAGAUGUGUGUGUUCUGGUAGCUUGAACACACCUGCAUUUUAUGACUUGGUAAAGGAAUUUGCUUUUUUUUUUAAACAAAAAGAGAAAAAAAAAAAAUUGCUUGGAUAGAACAGGGGACAGGUUUUGUAGGAUGUUGAGUUGAUACCAAAUAGAAUGAAUGAAGAUUUGACUUGGAAAGUUGCUUUAAUUUGGACGU